AUGUUGAGUUUCCAAGAUACAGAGGCAAAGCUUGCUGAACUCGACAGUAUCGAGAAAGGCUGGGAAGAGGAGAGGAAACAAAUGGAAGAAACCAUAAAGCAAUAUAAUAAAGCUAAAGAAGAUUUCUUCCUAAAAAAGCCAGAUUUACUGGCACAAAUCAAAGCUCUUCAAAAGGAACUUGAAGAGUUACAGAAAAAUUCUCCACCUCCCCAGGAAACUCCGAAAUCCGAAGAAAAACCAGCAGAAAAUCAAGCGAAUACUCAACAAAAUACACAACAGAACACAAAUCCACCACAAGAAAUACAGCCACCCAAAUCAGAGCCGGUUGUUGCUCCUCAGCCUCAACCAGUUCCAGAAACUCCAAAAAUUCCAGAAAAAGUUGAAGAUAAAGUUCUUAAAGACAUUCAAAUCGAGGCUCCAAAAACUGCGAAAAAGGGCAAGAAGCCUCUCAAAAAGAAAUCAUCGAAAUCAAAGGAGUCUUCCGCUGCAACAGAGUCCGAUCCAUCUAAAUUCGAGUACGGACUCAAAUAUACUCUUGCUCAUCAUGUCGAUACCAUUCGUUCCAUUGUUUUCCAUCCGACAUUGCCAUUACUUGCUUCUGCAAGCGACGACGGAACAAUUCGUUUUACAAAUGUACUUUUUAAGAUUCCUAAGCGCGUUGCUUCUCCAAAACAGUACAUGAGCAUAAGAGUGAAAGACGUUCCCAUUCUCGCGAUGGCAACAAAAGGAAAUUCUUUAUAUACUGGCGCCGUAGACGGCCUUGUUCAGCAAUUCGAUUUUGGGCGCGGCGAUGAGGAUAUUUUUGCAGUCCACGGUAAGGCGGACCAUCAUUUACUGAACUUUUUCGAAGCUGGCGAUGCGAUAUGGUCAAUCGCGGCCCAUGAAAAGUCCUCGUAUAUUGUAGCUGUAUGUGCAGACAAAUCUAUUAGACUACUCGAUUCUACUACUCUUGAACAGAAAAAUUCAAUUCCGACAGAUUCUCCACCUACAUCAGCAGCUUUUGAUGAAAACGGCGAAAGCUACGCUGUAGGAUGCCAAGAUGGAACUAUACUGAUAAUGAAAGGCCCAGAUUUACAAGAGAAAAAGAAAUUUGAUUCUUUUAUUUAUUCGAUUACUAGAUAUAAUGAUACAUUUGCUGUAGGUUUCGAGAAUGGCAAGAUAGCCUUUCUCGAUGGCGCAGAUGAAAUACAGGCCCACAAUGAAGCUGUAACUUCAAUGUGCACCUUGGGCCCGGCUCUGAUCUCCGGUAGCAACGACUGCUUCGUGAAAGCGUUCAUAGAUGGUGAACAAAAGCUCGCUGAGAGGGUCUCCGAAAAGAAAUUCGCUGAGGGAGUCUUAGCGGUAGCUUCUUCUGAUACAAUGUUUGUAGCGGCAACAUCUGAUGGUUAUCUGAAGGUUUUUGUCAAAGCCAAAUAA